AUGGACAGCGUGUCCUCCGGAAACGACGAAACGAAUAUCGCCUGGGCGGGAAAAAAGUCAUUCGCGGAAGUUGUCAAGCAAGGAAUGAAGAUGGAGAAGUCUGAGUUGUGUUGUCAUGUGGAUUCAAUGCAGACUGAUAAUGCCAUUGGAAACGCGGAAAAUAUUAAUUCUGACAAGACUCCAAAUCUUGAUUCCGCUUCAGCAGCUUCUGAUGUUUCUGCUGAAGAUCUGACAACUGCAGUAACAGCAGGAGAAUCAUCGCAGUCGACUCCUCCAGUGGAGGAUGAGAAAACCUGCAAUGCAGAAAAGUUGCCGGAGGGUACUCAUCAAGAUUCAACUGGAACUCAACAACCACAAGCAAGUUCCACUGCUUCAGCUUCACCAGAUGUGGGACCGAUUUCAAUUCCACUGAAUUACGAUCAGAGCUCCAACACUUCUGCUCUGAAACUGGAUGAUUCAGUCACUCCAAAAAUGGAAAAUGGUGUUUCUGUGUUAGAAUCUCCUGAAACUUCUUCUACAACUCAAGAAGAAGCAGAAUCCGCCACUUCAGAUGAUGAAACCUUCGGUUCCGUUUCUCCAGAAAUAGACAAUCGACGGAUUAAAGAUGCAGUUCCAGAAUCAGAACCUUCUGAAAUUUCAGAAAGUUGCUCAGCACUUCCAGUCAACGUUGCUUCUUUAGCAUCAGAUAAGAACUCUGUCCCAUCUGCCGCAAUAAUUAAUGACUGUGUAGUUCAAGAAAUCGAAGAUGCAGUUCCAGCAUCAGAAUUUUCUGCAGCGCCAGUCAUUUCCACUCAGUCACGGAAUGGAUGCAAUUUUGGUACCAUUUCUGUUUAUCUGAACGCAGAAGCAGCACUCCCCGUGGUUGAUACCGCUAUUCCAGAUUCUACAAAAUCAGAUGAGAGAAUGGAACAAAUGGAAAAAUCUCCGAUUCUUGAAUCCAAAAGUGAACAGGGUUCUCACUCUCCUGCCGCACAAGAAAUCGAAGCUGCAGUUUCUUCUGCAGCACCCGUCGUUUCCGCCAAGUCACAAAAUGAAGACGUCUCUGGUAGCAUUUCUGUAGAUAUGAAAGCAGAAGCAGCACUCCCAGUGGUGGAAGCCUCUAUCCCGGAUUCUUCAAAACUGAACGGGAAAAUGCAAGAAAUGAGAGAAUCUUCAAGUCUUGAAUCCAAGCGUGAACUGUGCUCUGACCCUCCUGCUGCAAUCCCAAAAGUUUCUGCCGCUCAAGGAAUCGAUUCAGUUCCAACGUCAGAAUCUUCUACAGCGCCGUCUCUAGUUUCGGUCCUCGCCGCUGCUACCCAGUCGAAUGGAGGCGUUUCUGGUUGCAUUUCUGUGGGCCAGAACACAGGAGGAGCACUUCCAGAGCUUGACACCUCUUUCCCGGAUUUUCCGAAAUCAAAUGAGGAAACCCACCCGACAGAUAUGCAGAAUGUGCUGUCCGGCCCAAACACGGCACCGACUUCAGAAUCAUCGGAAUCAUCGGUACAAAGGCCCUCAGAAACCUCGCUGACUAAUCAAAUAAUGAUGUCAAAUCAAACUGGAGCAAUUCAAUUUGCCGGGUCGAGCUCACAAAACUAUCAACCAGCUUUUCAUGUUCAACGGCCAGUUCGCCCCGACCUGGAACGGUACAAUCCGCAACCCACGACAUACUACCCGCUGCUAGAACCAUAUGUCCCUCUCCAACCACCACCAGCUUAUGCCCCACCAGCCUACUCUCCACCAGCAUACGGAGCACCAGCUUAUGGCCCGCCAGCUAUUGGUCCGCCCCCAAUCCACCACCAGUUCAGCCAGCCGCCACCAGGAUGGAGAACGCCGUACAACUCGGCGUAUUUUGAGGGGCAACCCGUCUACACUGACGUUCUCACCUCACCAAUGUCUAGUUCCACGUACAGUGUGGCAAAUACUCCACAAAUGCGAGCGUCGUGGUACCCGGAUAACCCAUAUGAUAUGAAUUCGUGGAGGGGAUACCAGUACAAUUCGUUUCCUUCUUCUUCAUCAAAUUGGCAAGAUCCAUACGGAAUGAAUCAGUGGAAUUCUACAACAUUCGAACAUUAUCUCGAAACAAGAUACCCCAAUACUCCAUCGGCACAUUUCUACGAGGGGCGGUACAGUUAUAUGUAUCUUUAUGAAAAAUACGGUGUGCCAGUGGAUCAGUCAACAUCGACUUACACAAAUUCCAGAAAUCCGAGAAACGGCGGACAACAGAGCAGAUAUAACUCCUACGAUUCUCGGAAUGGCGAAUCUAAUCAGAGAGCCAGAAACCCAGUUCGAAGAAACAACAGCAAGUGUUCCACUAAUGCAAGCACUGUCUCACAACCAGUCGGACAGCAAGCACCUCUAGCCGUGGAAGUUAAAGAAAAUACUCCAACAGAUAACAUUGAGAAUCCUGAAGUGCCCGCUGUUAGUGAGAAUGUGGAAAAUAGACAAAUGAAAGUUGGAGGUGGGAGGAGAAGGUGGUUCAACAGGAAAAAAAUAAAGGGAUCUAGACAAUCAUCAUCGACAGAAAAUGUUGCGGCUUCAGCAACGGAAAAAGUGGAAUCCGAUGAUGAUAUUUAUGAAGAUGCCCAGGAAGAAUUCUACUGUGAAAACAGGUACAGUGAAGUUUUGGAGUCUUCACCAUCUGCUGUUUAUGCCAAAAUCAACAGUACUUCACACCCAAAAGUGGUGAGGGAAAUGAUGUACGUUGAGUCUUCCGAAGAAUCGGCUCAAAAGGAGGAUGAAUCUCCAGUGAUUUCAAUUCAAAGUCCCAUGAGUUCACUGAAAUCUGAGCCAGAGCCAGAGCCAGAGCCAGAACUGGAGCCAGAACUGGAGUCAAGACCUGAGCCAACGCUAGAUUCAGGCUCAAAUCCAGAAAAAGAGCGAGAGAGUGAACCUGAAGCAGAAGCAGGAAAAGAGCCAGAGUCAGAGCUAGAAUCUGAGCCGAAGCCAGACUCAGAGGAGACAAACUCUGGGCUGGAGCUUGUGAAAAAUGCUGAAGACGCUCUUGAAAUCUCAGCCAACGUCCAAAGCAUCUCCAAUACCGCAUCAGGCUCUUCUUCACAAGCUGUCAAACAAGAAACAGCAGUUGGGAAGCAGAGUGUUCCGAGAGAAGUUGCUCCAAAGAAAACUUGGCAAAAACUGGAACCAUAUCAACCACCUGAAAGGAUGGUUGUUCAAAGACAACCGAUGGAAGCACCUAGGCCAAAGUCCAAGACAUUACCCACUAUCAGUGCGCAGUCCGGAAAGACUUCUUAUAGACAGAAGAUGGAUAAGAAACAAUUACUGGAAUUGACUGGUUUCAAACUCACUGAUUGA